ACCUCUACUAUCAUAGCUGAGUCUUCAGACCCUUGACAAGCAGAAAGAAAGCAAGGCACUCAUAAAGACACGUGUCAACCCCUGAACAACAAAAGAAUUUAUUCAUUAGUCAUGGGAAUCAAGAUAAAAGAUGUUAAGUCUCUGUAUGAGAAGCAAGGUUACGUAACCAACAUUCCGAUCCUCAGUCCCAAGGAGCUGCAGCAGGCGAAAGAUGCCUUUGCCGAGCUGGAAGAAAAGUUUGGUGUGAAUUACACUGCCUACAGCCUACACAAUGCACAUAUGAAGUACAACUGGGUAAUGGCAUUAACCAAACACCCCAGAGUUCUUGAGGUGAUCACUACAGUGCUGGGUCCUGAUGUUCUCCUAUUGGACUCACGCUUUAUCUGCAAAUACCCUGUGUCAAAACAAAGCAAAACUCAAGAAAGCACUGGAAUGAUUCCACAUAACCAAGAGAAUGAUCACGAAAGUAAGCCCAGUCUUCCAUAUGUGGCCUGGCACCAGGAUAUGAAGUACUGGGGACUUGAUGGCGGGCCAGUUGUCUCGGUCUGGCUUGCUUUGGAUGACUCUCAGGAAGAAAACGGUGCCCUGCAGGUCAUUCCAGGAAGCCACUGCUCUGGCUGUUUGCCCCAUCGCCAAGCAAAUCGUUUAGGCAACAUGCUGACUGUUAACCAAGAAAUCCCAGAGGAGCUGGUUGAAAAAGAAAAAGCCUUGCUUUGUCCCCUACUUGCAGGGGAAAUGUCUAUUCAUGAUGGACUCCUGGUUCAUGCUAGUGAUCCCAACACAUCAGUAAAGAGGCGUUGUGGCUUUGUGAUCCGCUAUGUUCCUACUGCAGCUUAUCCGGUUCAGGAUCCUGAACGGCCACGGCAAUUCCUUGCUACAGUAGUGGUUAGUGGACAGGACAAGUACAACCACUUCUCAAGCCCAAAACCUGAGAAGUAACUGUAAUGCAAAUAAAUAAACCCUACUUAGAUUAAGGCCAGAAUUUCCACUUAGGGAAAUACAUAAUAUGUAAUAUGCGAUUGACAUGUUAAACUCAUUAAAUAAAAUAAAGUUUAUUUCUAAAGUAUAUUUAAGUAAAAAUUAUAUAAUAUCAAUAUGUAAAGGUACUUGAAGGCAGAAAUUAAUAUGUGUGGUAAUACUUUAAUCAAGUGUAGCAUGCAACAGUCUGUACUGUAAUGCUGAUAUAUCUGAAAAUACUUUUAUUUUCAGAUACUUUAAUUUACAUUUUUCUCAUUCUUCUUAUUUAACUAAUCAUAUUGUUAUUAAUUGCAGAGAACAUGGUAAUUAAUGUACUGUUCAGUUUGUUAUAUCUAUGAAAGUAGCCUGCUGCAUUUUUUUUACU